UCUUUUGAUGAUGUAAUGAUAAAAAAUAAUAUGAUAUAUUUUCAUAUAUUAAGAGAUAAAUAUAUAAAGAAAAUUUUAGAAAGUAAUUGUUUUGGUAUUACACCACCACUACUCAUAGAUAAUAAAAAUAUUAUAGUAGAAUUUAGUUCUCUAAAUAUUGCUAAACCUUUUCAUAUAGGCCAUUUACGUUCUACAAUUAUAGGAAAUUGUAUAGCUAAUUUAAAUAGUUUUUUGCAUAAUCAAGUUACAAAAAUAAAUUAUUUAGGUGAUUGGGGUACACAGUUUGGUUAUAUUUAUCUUGGAAUGAAGCUAUCAAAAAUUGAUAAUAUAGAAAUACAAAAAAAUCCUAUUAAAACAUUAUAUAAUGUUUAUGUUGAUGCUAAUAAAUUAGCUGAAAAUAAUCCAGAUAUGAAGGAAGAAGCUAAGAAAAUAUUUCAACAAUUAGAAUUAAAAGAUAAUGUAAUUCAUAAAAAUUGGGAAACAAUUAAACAAUUUACUGUUUUAGAAUUAGAAAAAAUUUAUAAAAGAUUAGGUAUAAUUUUUGAUCAAUAUGAUUGGGAGUCUAUGUAUACUAUUAAAAAUAUAAAUAAAGUAAUUAAUACAAUGGAGGAAAUGCAAUUGUUAAAACUAGAUAAUCAUAAUAGGAAAGUAAUAUAUAUAGAUGAACAAAAAAGUGUUCCAAUUUUAAAAAGUGAUGGUACAACUUUAUAUUUAAGUCGAGAUAUUGCUGCUGCCAUUGAUAGAUUAGAACAUGUCAAAUUUGGAAAAAUACAAGGUAUGAGUACAAGAAAAGGGAAAGUAAUAUUUUUAGAAGAUAUUUUAAACAAAGCAAAGGAAAUUAUGAGACAAAGACAACUAGAAAUAAAAACAACUAAGGUUCCUUUAGAUGAAAUUGAUAAAACUUCUGAUAUUUUGGGUAUAUCUAGUGUAAUUAUUCAUGAUCUAAAACAAAAUAGAAUGAAUAAUUAUAUAUUUCAUUGGAAUUCAAUAUUGGAUGUAAAAGGUGAUUGUGGAAUAAAAUUACAAUAUUCUCAUUGUCGUUUAUGUAAUUUAGAAGAAUUAUGUGGUGCUAUGUUAGUAACAGAAUGUGAUCCACAUCUUUUAAAGGAAUUAGAAGUUGAUAAUUUGAUUAUAUUAAUUAGUCAAUUUGAUGAAAUUGUACUUAAGUCUUAUAAAGAAUUAGAACCCUGUAUAUUAACAAUUUAUCUUUUUCAUUUAUGUAAAUCAAUCAAUAUAGCUUGGAAUAAAUUGAACAUAAAAAAUCAACCAAGUGAUGUAGCAAAUCAAAGAUUAUUAUUAUUUCGUGUGGCAAAAAUGAUUCUUGCUCAAGGUAUGAAAUUACUUGGUUUAACACCUUUGGAAAAAAUGUAAAAAAAAAAAAUUUGUAUAUAAUAUAUAUAAUUUGAAUCUUUUAAAUAUAUUUAUUAUAUUUAUUAUAAUGUUUUUUUUAAUAUUAUACAUAAUAAAUAAUUUGUAUAAUUUUAGUUAAUAAUUUUUAUUAAUCAUUUAUUUUUUGUUGCAUUUUUUCUACAGAAUUUUAUAAUAACAUGCAUUUUAUUUCAAAAUGUUUAAUAAAUUUUAUAUAAUUUAUUCAAAUUUAAUAUAGAAAUUUAAAUGCAGGAAAUUAAAAAAAAAAAUUAACGUUUCUUCCAUGUAAAUUUUG